AUGGAUGUAUCAGAGCCCAUCCGAAUCAACUCAGGUCUCCCAAGGCCCGCCGACGCCGCGGAGGGCGAGAAGACAGCACUCCUCAGGCCACUGCUCACCCUGCUCGGCCCGACGACACGUGGGAAUCUAUCGCGGUUCUUUGAGGCCGGUGUCAUUUCUUCCAAGUGGGACGGAUUCGAGGAGAAGGGCACCUUUCGAGACGUCUACAUUGGGACCGAUGUCGCUAAUUUACAUCAUCUCGUGCGAGAUCAUGAACUUCCUGGAAGUGGGUGCCUGUUCUAUCCCUUCCCGGCGAUUCGGGAUGAACUGUCUUGGAAACCAGCUCCUGGUCCCUCGAUCCAACACUACCUACCAGCAGAGGCUGUGAACGAUCUGAGCAGUUUCCCUGUCCGCCCCGUCCGAGAUGCUCUGGUGGACACAUACUUCGAGAACAUCCACCCAGGAUUCCCGGUCGUGGACGAAGCCAGCUUUCGCCAAAGAUAUAAAGACCCUGACAAUCCACCUGCACUCAUAGUCUUUCAAGCGAUGCUUCUUGCUGCCGCUCGCAUCACCGAUCAUCCUCAAGUUGCCGCAUCCCGUGAAUUGACGACAGCGGUCCUCUUUAAGCGGGCAAAGACGCUGUUCGAUCUCAGACAUGAGCACGACCGCGUCGAUCUGAUCCAGGCGGCGCUCUUGAUGGCAUGGUACACGGACAGUUCUGACACAGUGGCCUCCAACGCGUACUAUUGGGUCGGUAGCGCGGUGCGCAUAGCUUUUGGCAUGGGCCUGCAUCGAACCGCCUCGCUUCGAUACGUACCGGUGAACAGGCGACGAUUCGACAGGAAAUACAAAAAGAUAUGGUGGACUCUGUUGUAUAGUGAAGUCAUGUUGGCUUUGGAGUAUGGCAGGCCCAGCCUGAUUCGUAUCGACGAUUUUGACGUGGGCGUUUUGGAGGACGACGACUUCAAGAACAUGGAUGACUCAGAGGAUCUUGCGGUCAAUGGUCGUUUCUGUUCCAUCCUUGGUGACAUCUCCAUGGUGGCUUUGGACAUCCUCAGUCUUCGAGCGCCGCGAGGCAGACCCGGCGACCUGACCACGACGGCAAUCGAACGUCGAUUAGCAGCGGUGGCUAUGCGCAUACUUCCAACCCAUGACGCGUGGUCUUGCCAACUCCGCCUCAUCUAUAACUUGGUCGCAUUGACAUUCUAUCGAACCAGCGACGACGGGGGUGCGGCCAAGCUCUGCUCCGAAGCAGCGUCCAACAUUCUCACCACAUUCGAAGCCAUGGUGGUGCACGGUACCAUUCGCCAGUGCCAUCUGAGCACCACCACGGCGCUGACGGCGGCGGCUAUCCAGUUCGCCAGGGAGGCCCGUUCGGCGGCUGCGGCAGGCUCGAUCGUAAAGGCCGUCUCGGCGCACGGGCAGCUGGAAAGACUCCUGGGUCCUGCAGAGGCGCUAUCCCCAUACUUUCCGCAUAUCAAGGCCGUGCGUAAACUGUGCAAGAGCCUGAGUGCGCGUGCCGAGGUCCUCAUCACAGAAGCACAGGAACCGAAUUCUUCGUUGUCAAAUUCUCAGAUCCCACCCGAAGCUAGUAUUGACUGGGAAGGGAUCAUGACAAACUACCGUAUGCCGGAUCUCGGAUUUGGUUUGGGUCUCGAUGGCGAAGAGUGGUUGAAUGACUUCUCGUGGGCAAAUGCCGAACAAUCUCACCGCGCCACAGGUUGA